AUGGCUGCGAAAGACCAGAAAAGUAAACUUCAGUGCGAGGAACAUCAGGAAGAACUGAAGCUGUUUUGUGAAACUGACAAGAAACUGAUCUGUUUUAUUUGCGCAACUGUGCGGGAACACAAGUCUCACAGCUUAACGCUGAUAGAAGAAGCAAUUGAAUUCUACAAGGAACAGGUGAAAUCUUCCUUCGAAUCUCUCACAGAAAAGGAAUCAGAGGUCCAGAAAAUGGAGCAGAAACAGAAAGAGAGCAUUUCUGGAGUUCAGGAAGAGUCACACAACCUUCAGUCUGACUUCAAAGCCUGGUUUGUUAAACUGCACCAGAUCCUCUACGAGAAAGAAAACCGCUUACUCAGAGAUCUCGAGGAAGAAAGGAGGAAGAUUGUAAAUGAGAUGAAGAUAAAUCUGACGGGGAUUCAAAACAAUUUAAAUUACGUUCAGCGGCAGCUCGUGGAGUUACAGGACAGAAUGGAUCAAAAAGACAGCGUGCGAUUUCUGAAGGAUGAAGCUGGUCGGAAGAGCAGUGUGAAUGUUGAUACCGUAUCGUUGUCAGUGACUGAUGCUGCCCCGGCCUUUGAAACGUUCUAUCACCCCUCUAAACUGAUCUGUUUGAUCUGUGCAACUGUGCGGGAACACAAGUCUCACAGCUUAAUGCUGAUAGAAGAAGCAAUUGAAUUCUACAAGGAACAGGUGAAAUCUGCUUUCGAGUCUCUCACAGUAAAGGAAUCAGAGAUCCAGAAAAUGGAGCAGAAACAGAAAGAGAGCAUUUCUGGAGUUCAGGAAGAGUCACACAACCUUCAGUCACUGAUCACAUCCCAGUUUGCUGAACUGCACCAGAUUCUCACUGAGAAAGAGCAGCGCUUGCACGGAGAUGUCCGGGAAGAAGAGGAGAAGAUUGUAAAAACAAUGGAGAAAAAUCUUCAUGAGAUACAAGAGAAUUUAAAUUCCAUUCAGGAGGAACUCUCAAAGUUACAGGAACAGAUAGACCACAAGGACGGCGUGAUAUUUCUGAAGGAGGAAGCUGGUCACGAGAGGAGGGUUAUUGAUGAAACCAAAACAAUGUCGGUGGUAGAUGGCGCGUUGCCCAUUGAAAAGUUUGAUCGCACCUUUUUCUACAACAUGGCGUUGAGAGAAACAUCUGAUAACAUAAAGCGAGUCUCCGUCACCCUGGAUGUGGAAACAGCGCAUCCGCGGCUCGAGUUUAUUUCUCGUGCAGUUCUCCUGGUCGUUGGUGAUGAUCUCCACCUUGCCAUGCCGGAAGACGCCGACACAGGAGUAGGUGGUGCCCAGGUCGAUGCCGAUUAUCUUUUCCUUUCUCUUUCGCCGAGCGGGGGUGCUCGAACACUGAGCCUGAAUCUCAACACGAAGAAAAGUAAACUUCAGUGCGAGGAACAUCAGGAAGAACUGAAGCUGUUUUGUGAAACUGACAAGAAACUGAUCUGUUUCAUUUGCACAACUGCGGGGGAACACGAGUCUCACAGCUUAAUGUUGAUAGAAGAAGCAAUUGAAUUCUACAAGGAACAGGUGAAAUCUUCAUUCGAAUCUCUCACAGAAAAGGAAUCAGUGAUCCAGAAAAACGAGCAGGAACAGAAAGAGAGCAUUUCUAGAGUUCAGGAGCAGUCACACAACCUUCAGUCAAUGCUCACAUCCCAGUUUGCUGAACUGCACCAGAUUCUUACUGUGAAAGAGCAGCGCUUACUCGGAAAUGUCCGGAAAAAAGAGGAGAAGAUUGUAAAAAGAAUGGAAAAAAAUCUUCAAGAGAUACAAGAGAAUUUAAAUUCCAUUCAGGAGGAGCUCUCAAAGUUACAGGAACAGACAGACCACAAGAACGGCGUUAUAUUUCUGAAGGAGGAAGCUGGUCGCAAGAGGAGGGUUAGUGAUGAAACCAAACCAAUGUUGGUGGUACAUGGCGCGUUGCCCAUUGAAAAGUAUUAUCGCACCUUAUUCUUUAACAUGGCAUUGAAGGAAAGAUCUGAUAUCAUCAAACGAGUCUCCGUCACACUGGAUGCGGAAACAGCUGGUCCGUGGCUCGAGGUGUCUAAGGAUCGGAAGAGGGUGAGAUGUACCCAGAUCCAGAGAAGUCUCCCUGACACCGAGAAGAGGUUUACAGGCAGUCCGUGUGUGCUCGGAUCGGACGGAUUCACAUCAGGGAGACAUUACUGGGAGGUGACGGGGAAUCGGGGCUGGAGUCUGGGAGUCGCCGCAGAGUCUGCGGAGAGGAAGAGAUGGGUCAAACUGUCCCCGGAGACUGGAGUCUGGAGCAUCGGGCGGAAGGGUGAUGGGUUUCAUGCAUUCACCUCCUCUCCAUACGAUCUCCCCGCCCGUCCCAUCCCCGGGAGGGUGGGAGUUUAUCUCAGUUACGAGUCCGGGACGGUUUCAUUUUACGACGCGGACACCAAGUCCCAUCUCCACACCUUCACUGGGAAUAAAUUCACGGAGAAACUUUAUCCUUACUUUGCAACUUGGGAUGAAAAUCAGUGGCUGAGAAUAUGCUCCGGUUCCACUCCGGUGUGUAAACGGGUCGGGUCCUGGGACCGGCGUCAGGAGCGGGGCUCAGCGCCUGUGGGGCAGAAACCCGGUGGACAACAGGUCGGCGCUGAACGGCUCCCAUUUAAUCCCCAAAUUCCGCGUGGUGAAACCCCAGGGAGCACGGAAAUAAAACCAGGGUGAAUGUAAAUGUAGGAAGAGUGAAAUAAACAGCAACUG